AUGUCUAAGAAGACCGCCGAAGAUUUCGAAUUUGGUGAAUGCAUUGGUUUAGGAUCCUACUCAAAAGUAUACAAGGGAGUCUCAGUUCAAUCUCGUAAAGUUUUUGCCAUCAAGGUAGUUUCCAAGAAUCAGAUUUUGAAGGAGAAUAAGAUUAAAUAUGUUAACAUUGAAAAGAACACUCUCAACAAAUUAGGUCACCAUCCUGGAAUUGUCACCUUGUAUUAUACUUUUCAAGACAUGGAUUCAUUAUUUUUUGUCAUUGACUAUGCCAACAACGGAGAACUCUUGUCACUCAUCUCAAGACUAGGUUCCUUCAGCGAGAUACUAGCAGGCUACUAUGUAACCCAACUCGUAGAUGUGGUUGAGUUUAUACACUCCAAGGGUGUCGUUCAUAGAGAUUUGAAGCCAGAAAAUGUUCUUUUGAAUAACGAAUACAAACUGAUGGUAACUGAUUUCGGAGCUGCAAGAGUGUUCGACGACAAGGGUGAGAAUAACUCUGAUCCAUCCAGUUAUCAAAACGACAGCCCCCCUCCAAAUGAAUCAUUUCCUGGUAGUAGACAAGGGUCGUUUGUUGGAACUGCAGAGUACGUUUCUCCGGAAUUGCUCAAAUACAACCACGUAGGAUUUGAAUGCGACCUGUGGGCACUAGGUUGCAUUCUUUACCAAUUAAUUGUUGGAAGACCCCCAUUUAAGGGGAAAAGUGAUUACCUUACAUUUGAAAAAAUUAUAGCGUUGGAUUACUCCUUUCCUAAUUACUUCAUUCCUCAGAGUAUAAAAGAUUUAAUCUCGAAACUUUUAGUACUGGACCCAAAAGAUCGAUUUACGAUAGAAGACGUCAAAUCCCAUGAGUGGUUUCAAAAUGUCCAGUGGGAUAAUAAGAAUAGCAUUUGGAAAAAACCCACUCCAAAACUUGAACCCUAUAACCCACGAAUCUAUUCAAUUAGGUCCACUACAUCUCAAAUGAGAUUAAAGCAGCAACAGGAACAGAAGCUUCAGCAGACCGAAUCUAUGAUUCGGUCAGCCUCCACUUCUUUGUUUCCCCACUCUACUCAGAUUGCCCAAAGAACAUCUCAGAAAACUUUGAACAAGGUUCUUUCUCAAAAGAUUGCCGAAAAGAACAAUGAACUAAGCUUGAAACACCAGACAACGCUAAAUGCAUUAUACAACAGUCCAAUGAGAACUCCUCCCAAAACGGCACCAAGAGCUGAGUCAAAAGCUCUCCGAAAAGUGGCAUCGAACUCAGGUUCGGCGAUGGAAUGGAACUUUCAGAACUCUCCUCCUAUCGCACAUCAUAACGGAGAUUCAGGCAUACCAUACCUGGCAUCCUCAUCUUCUUCUUCUCCAAUCCAACCUCAUUGUCCUAAAGAUGGUUUUGGCGGUUACUCCUCCAAUUGGAACAAAGGUCCCAAUAUCUCCACAGCUAGGGAGCGACGGAACAGUUUGCAAAUGGUUGAUAAUUCCAAACAAAUGCAGACUCCCCCACUAUCCAAAGGCCGAAGUAGAACUAGCCCAUCAGCUACUCAGAAAAAAGCAGAAGUUGUGCGAGCUCCUGCUCAAUUGCGUUCGUCGCUUGUUAAUCCGAUACUGCUAGACAACAAUAUUCCAAAGGAUAUCAAGGCAAAACUAGGCUUAAAUGAGUCAAUUCUUAAACUUGAUAACAUAUUCAAAACUGAGUUAGUGUACAAGCGGUUCGAAGAUGUUCAGUUGGAUGACAAAACUUUGAAUGAUAUUAUUGAGAAGAAUAGAACGAAACUGUACAACGAUGCGAAGAACUGCGUGAUGGUCAUCACCAGUCUUGCGCGGAUUCUUUUGUUUGAAAUAAACUGUGAUUUUCAGCUGAGUACUCCGCAAUCAUCAUCUAUGAUGCAAGCUUUCCCAUUUUAUAAAGCGUUCCAAGAAAUCAAACUCACAAACAAGAAUGUUUCGAUUUAUGACUAUGAUUUUGAUGAACAGCAACGGACAGGUUAUUUGGUGUCUGAGCUGAGUAACAUUAAUAAGCUCAUAUUAAUACGGACGUUUGAACCAGAGCUGUUCCCUGGAAAUGCGGGAGUGAGAGUUGGUUUCAGUACUCAUAAGGAAAAGUCGUGGAUAGAAAGCCUUUUAAAGGCAAAAGACUUGAUUCGUAGCGGAAAUAAAAAGAAGCAAGAAUCAAAGAAAACUUCAAAUGGUACUAAAGUUGUAGGAAAGAAAGCGGCCUCUAAUAUUAUUCAGGGUUCGAAAACUAGCACCACACAAAAAAAGCCAUCUCCCAACAACAAUGUUGCCGAAAGCAUGAAAAAUCUGAACAUCAAGUCUAAGCAAGUACCGAAUAGUUCAACAUCAUCUCAAUUAAACGUGAUCAUUAAACAACAGAAUAACCAGAACAAAUUUGCAGCAGCUGCUGCUGCCGCAAGUACAAAGAAAUCUGCCGUGAACUAA